CCCAAGCCCGACUUGGCCGCCAUCCCAGCCCACGACCUGCAGGCCCAGGCCCUGGCCAAGCUGCGCCUGAAUUCGCGCAAUUCCUUCCUCUUUGUGCCCCGCCGGGAGGGUGGCCCGGCUCUGCCCCCAGCCCAGAGCGCCAGGCCGGGGCCACUGCCACCGCCCUCAGAGAAGGCACCAAAGGAGCCCCCGAGGGAUUCUGCCCCAGAGCGGGAAGAGCCUGUUGCUUCCCCACUGGUGCCUCUGGAUCCGUUGGUACCUGUGACUUACAUCGAUGACAUUGUGGACACCGCCCUCAGAGAAGGCACCAAAGGAGCCCCCGAGGGAUUCUGCCCCAGAGCGGGAAGAGCCUGUUGCUUCCCCACUGGUGCCUCUGGAUCCGUUGGUACCUGUGACUUACCCGGACAGCGGGGAGCUUUCUCCCAGGGCCGUCUCGGCUGCGAGGACGGGAAGCUUGCGGGGAUGUCCCAUAAAAAGCGCUACCCCACGGUGAACGAGAUCGAAGUGAUCGGGGGGUACCUGUCCCUGGAGAGGUCCUGCAUGAGCAAGACGGGCUCCCGCCGAAAGAAGAUGAAGAUCUCUUUCAAUGAGACAAGUUUGCAGACUAUGUUUGAGUACCCGUCAGAGAGCUCACUGGCAGAAGAGGAGGAGGAGGAGGAGGAAGAGGAAGGACAUGCUUCUGAAACAGAGGAGGACAAGUCUUGCACCUUUUACAUUCCACGCCCAAAUGGCACUUUGCAUCCCAAUGCACCUAACUCAGCAGAUUUAUCCAGCUACACCCCAAAGCACUCCUUGAAGUUCAGUGAGUGGCAGGAGCAGAAAUAUGAGGAGAUGCCUGCUGCAGAGGGACCCCUCCCAAAGGAAGCUGAUUCCCGUGGGAACCAAGUCAUGCUCACCCCAGCAGAGAAGGGCGGACUCUCCGAUUUCAGCAGCGAGCCUGCUCUGUAUUUUUGA